AUGCCUAGACCACUUAAUAUUCCAGAUUAAAUUUACGAUCAUAUUUAUAAUAGAGAAGAUAUAUCUGAUUAUAGAAGAGAAGCUGAACAAAUGCUAGAAACUGAAAUAAUAUAAUUAUUAUCUUUCGAUAAUUAAAAUUUCGCUUUUCCUGGAUGUAAAGCUCCUAAAAUGAAAAUUUUCAUAGAAAAAUUUGAUGAAAAUUAUUUAAAUUAAGCUUCUGAAUUAAUUAGUAAAGAAAUACAUGGUGUUAAAUAAGAAAAUUAAAACGGAGAUAUUGAUUUAGAUAAAUGGAAUUAAUUUUUAUUAUCUUAAGAGAAAAUUAAAGACUUGAAACUUUAUAACAUGCUACAAGGGUUAAAUUGA